CUCGGGAAGGAUCCGCCUCCGCCGUCGGGCAUGUUAUCGACUCUAGGGCCAGAUUUGGGGGUUGCUUCCAGGUCAUGACAGGGGCCAGCCCCGGCUUCCAUCAGCCCAAAAAGCAUCCAUCAUCAAUCUUCCCCCGCGCUGUCAGACCCCGGAACCCAGCUGCCUUGCCUUAACUAAUUCCUCCAAUCCAUUCCCCAGUGCCGCCAGUUCCGCAAUGUCUUCGGCAAGGCUAAACUCGCAGGACCGCAAAAAGCGCAGCAGCAAUGGAACCAACGACGGCAGCCUCGCCGCGCCGGGGAAUUCGGGUGUGACAAAGAAGGUGGCCUGCGACAGAUGUCGCGGUCAGAAGCUACGAUGCGUCUGGGACCCCCGCGCCCCGCGAUGUCGUCGUUGUGAGAGGGCGAAGACUGUCUGCGCCGUUCUUCCUCCACGCCCGAUGGGCCGGCCGUCUACCCAGCCGAAGCACAGCCAGCACGGCCAGCUGAACCACCACCAAAACAAUCCAAACCACCAGAACCGUCUGCAGCAACAACAGGAGCAACAGCAACAGCAGCAACAACAACAGCAACAGCAACCCCAGAGCCAUGAGAGCCGGUCCCGGACAGGCUCAAGCGCGUCGAUUUUGCAUUACCCGACGGGCCUCGACGAUGGCGUCGAGAUAGACAUGCAGGACGGCCUGGCCGGAAUGGCCGACAUCGCCGACAUGACCGACAUGACCGACAUUGCUGACGGCAAUGGCAGCCAUCAUUGCAGCGACAACAACAGCAGUGCUCCCGACCUUCCUAUCGACCCGCUGUUGGGUGACUCUUUCUCUCCUCACUCAUUUCUGAUGCAGCUGAGUCAAACGGAUAUGCAAAGUAUCGACACAAGCCCCCUCUUCAACCCCUCGCCCCUACUCCCAAACCCCGGCGGCCCCGACGGCGCCUUCAGCAGCUACACUCCCUUCCUCUCGCCCUUUAACGACGAGCUCCUGGCGGGCCACGACACGCUGAUUCCCAAUGCCCCGUGCCCGCUCCGCGAAGACGGCAGGGAGGAGCACCAGACAGAUGGACACCUGGCCACAAUCGAGCAACUCUCGAGACUGAACCUGGUCCUGUACAAGCACAUCGCCAACAUGAACACGGCCAACGACGACCCCCGCCUGGCCUCCGUCAUCCCCACCCCGCCCGACGACGCGUCCACGAUAUCGACCCCGACGCCGACGAACCUCGACAUCGGCCACCUCCUCUCCAUGACCCACGAGUUCAAGACCCUCGCCGACGAACUGGGCCUGCAGUUCCCGGGCGUCAGCCCCGGCCCCAACAACGGCAGCGGCGGCAACAACAUCGGCUCUCCGGGUGCGCCCUUCGACCACUCGACGGCCCUCCUGCUGCUGAGCUGCUACAUGCGGCUGAAGCAGGCCCACGGCCGGACCCUGCGGGUGCUGCGCGGCCUGCAGGCGGCGGCGGGCGACCGGUGCGUCCCCGAGCUGCUGCCGGAGCUGGUGGUCGACGGCUUCGCGCUGUCGGGGCAGGCGGGCCUGCAGGUCGGCGUCGCCGUCGCGCUGUGCGAGCAGAUGUUCAACAGCCUCGGCCACCUGGCCUUCGAUGGCAGGUUCGCAGACGACAUGGACUGGUCGUCGUUUGGCGCGUGCCUGACUGAGAAGCUGCAGGAGAUUGGCUGAUCGAGAAGCUGCGAGAGAUGAGGGCAUCCUGAUUUGAAGUAUCGGCGUUUGUGCCUUU